AUGUUGAACUCCAGUCCUGACUUUGACUUGAUCAUUCGCCAGCAGCCCAGUCGGGCGCGCGUGGCAGGUGGGAAGGAGAAAGAACGAAAGCCAGUUGACCCGCCCCCGAUUGUGCAAAUCCGGGUAAGGGAGGAAGGAACUUAUCUUGCACAACAUUACCUACAAAGUCCCUAUUAUUUUAUGUGCUGCAGCCUCUAUGAUGCCCAGGAAGAUGCGCCAGCUCCCGUUUCACCGUCGACUGCUUUGACCGGUACUCUGGUUUCGUCGCUCCAUCGGCUUAAGGAUGUGGACAACACAGAUGGAGGAUUCUUUGUGUGGGGAGAUCUUUCGAUUAAAGUUGAAGGAGAAUACCGACUAAAGUUCACACUGUUUGAAAUGCGAAAAGAUGCCGUCGCGUACUUGAAGACAAUCAUAUCGGAUCGUUUUACUGUUUCUCCUCCAAAGAGCUUCCCGGGAAUGGCGGAAUCAACGUUUCUAUCCAGGUCUUUUGCAGAUCAGGGAGUGAAACUCAGAAUUCGCAAGGAGCCACGGACACUGAUAAAGCGACCAGCACCACGACCGGAAGACUUUACCCAGGCUCUUCCUCCCCGUUCUCCAGAACGUUCGUCAAUGCAGAUGGCCGGGAACAAUUUUCCUGGGUACCAGACAGCGGGCAGAGAAUAUACGUAUUACGGAGGGCCGGUCAAGCGUCAACGCACGUCGGUUGAUUUUGGUACCAGAGGGAUGUAUGAAUCCGACGGAAGAAUGCGCCAAAUGGAUGCGUACCCUCAGACCGCGGCAAUGUACAACCAGGCGGGUGGUUAUCCUGCCUCCAUGAUGCCUGGAUACCCCACAGGACAUACAGGAGUCCCCGAUUAUGCGAUGUCGUACGGGAUCCCUUCUUCCGCUCAAGUUUCCCAGAUGCAAGACCCUGGCUCUCAAAGCCGGUCCAGUCAGCAGGCAACAAUGCAGUCCUUGGGGAUGGUGAACGCUCCAGGAACACCUACGCCCGACUCAACAGGAGCGAUGAUGCCAGGCUAUCCCCGUUCUCAGUACUCGAGCAGCUCUACAAUCCUUCCACCUUUGCAACGGGGUCGUACCUUUACACAAGGCUCCAAUGGAGCUUCAGCAAGAGGUUAUUUCGACCAGCCAUCCCAGGCAGCUACGCCCAUUCUUCCAUCUCAGGCCAUUGGAACGAACGAAGCUGACCGAUAUGGUACAACGGGAAGCCAGACGAGUUACGAUCAUCCUGGUUCGGCGAAUGGGACUCCCCGGUGA